AUGGAAUCAUAUUAUAAGCAGAUAUAUGAUUACGUGCCAAACGGCUCCCCCUACACAAACGGAAGCGUGCCUACAGCUGUUCCAACACCAAACGCAGAACCAACACCAGUUUAUGCAUUCACCACUGAUGCUAACAUGUCCACGAGUACGGAAACACCAACAUCGGCAGAUGUCCCAAUACAUAAUCCAACAGACUCAUAUUCACAUAUGCCAAGUGGUGUUACACCUACCUUUACUCCAUUAGGUGGAUCAGUACCAACUCAUACCCCUCCUACAGGUUCUCACGCUUAUGCAUCUACAAAUGCAUAUAAUGGAAUUCAGAAUUAUGGGCCACCAAACCAGCAUGGAUAUCCAAACCAGCACGGGCAUCCAAACCAGCAUGGACAUCCAGGAAAUCUCCCUGCUUCCUCGUCUUCUCCCUUUUCUCCAUCUUCUCCAUAUGGAGGUGUUCCAAAUAAUAUGGCCACGGAAGUAUAUAAUCCACAAUCACGACAACUUAUGAGGAGAAGCAGAAAUCCGAGACCAAUGCCACCAACUAACAAUAAUAAUAAUAAAGGAUUCUUUUCUACAAUCAUUGCUGCAAUUAUUUACCUUUUUUCAUCUUCCUCGGUUAUGUUUAGUAACAUUGCACAUGUAAGUACUAACAUAUAUGCGUAUUUUUCCCCCUCUACGUGCAUCUGCAUAUAUGUUCACCUCCUUUUUGAUCCCAUUUUCUUACGGGUUCAUGUGUGCAUGUAUACUCAUGUACGUAUAUAUAUGUAUGAAUAUUCCUCCAUGCUAAUUUCUGCUUUCCCACUUUUUCCCCACGCACAGCCCCCACCCAACCCAAAUAGUCUGAAUUAUAAUCCACAACAAGCAAUUGAAUAUCACCCCAGAUUGUUAGAAAAAACGGAAGAAUGGAAAGAAAACGAAUGGAAAAACUGGAUGAACAAAUUAGAUGUAGAGUGGACAGAAUUUAAUGACACAAUUGAAAAAGAAAAAGGAAAAUGGCUAAAUGGAAAAGAAAAAGAUUGGGAUGAAUUUAUUCAAUUUAUGGAUUCCAAAUGGAUGCAUUAUCAUGAAUAUCUGGAUGAUGAAGUAAAAUCAGACAUUUUAAAACGAUCCUUAACAUUAGAUGAAGUGGAAUGGAAAGAAUGGAUAAAAACUGAAGGAAAAGAAUUAAUGGAAAAAGAUUGGAAAGACUGGAUUACCAACAAUGAAACCUAUUUAGAUGUAUGGAGUGUUAAAGAAUGGCUUAAAUGGAAAAAUCAAAAAAUUGUUACAUGGAUUAUGUCUGAUUGGAAAUGUGAAGAAGAUGAAUACUGGUCUAAAUGGGAAGAAUCAUGGGCCAAAUCUCUCAACAUGCAAGACAGAACCAAUUGGCUUAACUGGAGAGAAAGGUUAAAUAAGGAAAUGGUUCAAUGGAAUAGUUGGGUUAUGAAAAAAGAACAAAGAAUUAGAGAAAAUAGAUCAAAUAAUUGGUCCAAAUGGAAGAGUGAUAAACAUGUCAUGUUCAACUUGUGGAUGGAUGCAUUUAUCAAUAAAUGGAUAAAUGAAAAACAGUGGUUUGUAUGGGUUAAAGAAAGAAAUCAGCUAAAAUCUAGAGGAAAAUAUUGGUCUUAUAGAUAA